CUAGGUAGUGGGUUCCGUUUUCCGGUGACGAAGAUGGCGUCGCCUGUGCUGGUCGUGAUGUUUCACCAGCACCAGGCAGUCCGGGUACUGUUCCGAAACUGGUGGGAGCGACUACAGCGGAAGCUUCAACAGGGCCGCCUAGGCUUUCCUCGUGUGCCAUGGGAACCAGCAUUAGCAGUCCAGGGGCCAACCAUCUUUACAGAGCCAAAUGAUACCAGUGAAAGUGAGAAGAAUUCCAGCCUUUUGGACAGUAUCUUUUGGAUGGCAGCUCCUAAAAACAGACGCAGCAUUGAAGUUAAUCGGUGUAGGAGAAGAAAUCCUCAUAAGCUUAUUAAAGUUAAGAAUAAUAUAGAUGUGUGUCCAGAAUGUGGCCACCUGAAACAGAAGCACAUCCUUUGUGGCUAUUGCUAUGAGAAAGUGCGUAAGGAGACUGCAGCAAUCAGACAACAGAUAGGAAAACAAGAAGGAGGCCCUUUUAAGGCUCCUACAGUAGAGACUAUGGUGCUGUACACGGGGGAGACACCAUCUGAAGAAGAUCAGGGCAAGAGGAUCAUUGAACGGGACAGGAAGCGGCCAUCUUGGUUCACCCAGAAUUGACACUGAAGAUGGUAAAAGGAUAAUGUCACAGUAGAACAUUUCUCCUGAAAGAGAAAGACACUUGUUUUUAUGUUUUGUUUAUUUUAAAAUCAGCAAUAUGGUUGGAAAUAUUCUUUAAGCAGUUUUGUAUGGAAAAACUUGAAAAAUGUAUCAUGAUGACUCAAAAGUAUUUGUUUAUACAAAGUCUCAGUGGAUUAAUAUGUCUGUUGAUUUUACAGUAAGAGGUUUUUAGUAAAGAUAAAAUUUCCAGAACAAAAAUAAAACAAUUUAAAAUUCA